AUGGCUUAUGUGGGCACUUUGAUAGCAUAUAGCAUUGUAUUGCUCAACUCUUAUCAGCCUUUCAGCAACAAGCAACCGUAUUUUAAACAGAUGCUUCUCGAUGAAAACUUCCAGUAUUAUAUUAUUGCACUCUAUUUUACAUUCGCGAAACGACGAAUUGCAGUAAGCUUACUGCCUUUCUUCAUCUAUGCAUUAUUCCACGUUCUGGAAUAUACUCAUUCCAAUAUUAUUCCGCACUUUGCUUCACAUCGUACUACUUUGCAAGUAAAGAUCAAACGUCUUGUGGACAUGCAUUAUGAUACUUCUAUAAAGCUUGUUUCCAAAAUUGAAAUCUAUGGCGUUAUGACAAGAUUAAUAUUUGGAUUUUUUAUGUUCAAAUCGACCUUACUUUCAAUUCUUGUCUAUGGUCAAUUCUUACGUAUGAGAUAUUAUAUGUCUGAAAAUAGUCGAGAAUGUUUUAAUACGAUAGGACGGAAGGUGGAUGAUGUCUUUGCGCCUACAACAGGACAAGCGAAGGUACCUUCUGCUGUAUCUGAGAUGUAUAUUAAAGUGAGAAAUAUUGUGACAAAGCAAGCCACCAAAAAGAAGCAACAGCCUGCACCCAUGGCACCAACAACUAAUAAAAGCUUGAAAUGA